ACUCCACCAAUUAGAAUUAAUCCAUGGAUCUUAUGGUGCGCAGGUUUAAAUGGCUUCAAUAUUUAACAACUCACCCCACCAAAGAAAAGGGAAUUAAUCACCUCUCAAAUAGAAAAGAAAAUGGGUUCUGAACCAAUUAAACUCCCAAUCAUAGACUUCUCCAACCUUAAAAAUCAAACUGAAACCUGGGAAUCCACGAAAUCCAAAGUUUGGCAAGCCAUAGUAGAAUACGGCUGCUUCGAAGCAACAUUCGAUUACAUUCCUCUUCAUCUUCAAAAAUCAGUCAUUCAUGAAACGAAACAACUAUUCGAUCUCCCUUUAUCCAUCAAAUUACGCAACAGGUCCAACAAACCCUUCCACGGCUACGUCGGCCAGUACUCGAUAGUCCCGCUCUUUGAAAGCCUCGGGAUCCCUGAUCCCCUCUCUCCGGGAAACAUCCAAGGCUUCGCCAACCUAAUGUGGGCCGAAGGCAAUCCCUCGUUCAGCGGGACUGUGGAGUCCUUCUCGGAGAAGCUUUCGGAAUUGGACAAGAUUGUGAGGAAAAUGAUUGUGGAGAGCCUUGGGCUACACAAGUACAUGGACGAGCACAUGGAUUCGUCGGAUUACAUCUUUCGAUUUCAGAAAUACGAUAGGCCUCGAAGCGAUGAGACUGAGCUAGGGUUAACAUCUCACACGGACAAGAACAUCGUAACGAUCUUGUACCAGAAUGAGAUCAACGGACUCGAAGUGCUCACCAAAGAUGGACAGUGGUUUACUUCUCAACCCUCAGUUAACUCCUUCGUUGUCAUGAUUGGAGACUCUUUGUAUUCAUGGACAAACGGGCGGCUGCAGGCCCCCUACCACAAGGUGAUGAUGAGCGGGGACCAAGCUCGAUACUCUAUUGGUUUGUUUUCGGUUCCUAAACCAGGGUACAUGAUCAAGGCCCCCGAAGAGAUGGUGGAUGAAGAGCAUCCAAUGCUCUUCAAGCCCUAUGAUCAUCACCAGUUUCUUCAAUUUUUCUAUGCCCAAGCUGCUCAGAAAUCUUCCAUUGAUGCUCUCAAAGAAUAUUGCGGCGUCUAAUCUCUAUAAAUAUAAAUUGCUAUACUUCUCAGUUCUCAUCAUGUUAGGAUCCGAAUUUGUGUUUCUUUAUGAAUUUCUUCAGUUUCUUGGAGAUAUUCCUAUAAUAAAGAAUACGGAGUAUAUUAUUAGAACGAUGUAUU